CAUCCAGCAGGUUCUGUCUUUCUGUCUCUCGUUCUCUCCAUCGCACGCACGCCUGCUCUCUCUUCAUUUCUCUCUUCCUCUCUCCUCUCUCUGCUCAGUCGCUCGCUCCUCUUCUCUCUCAGUCUGCAUCCUGUAGCCCUGCUGUGCAGUCCUCUCUCCUUCUUUCGCUCUUUACAUCUCUCUCUGCAGCGCUAUUGGAGAAGUCACUGACACACACACACACAUACACACACACACACACAAGCUCUUCCUCACACACAGUCUCUUCCUCACACACACACACUCCGUCUCUCUCACACACUCUGUGUGACCAGCCCAGCCCGUUUCGGAGCAGGGGAGCCCAGUAGAGACCUAUCCCAGGAUGGAUGUACUGAUGAGAGGGUUCAGCAUGGCUAAGGAGGGGGUGGUGGCCGCAGCAGAGAAGACCAAGGCUGGGGUGGAAGGGGCAGCCGCCAAGACCAAGGAGGGGGUCAUGUAUGUAGGUUCAAAGACAAAGGAGGGAAUGGACGCAGGAGUAAACAAAGUUGCUAACCGUGACCAGGCAAACAUCGUCGGGGACCCCACUGCUGCCGGAGCUGACCUCUCGCAGGGUGGCAUGGAGAACACCGGACAGGCGGAGGAGCCUCAGCCUGUAUACGAGGCGGAAUAUGGAGGAAUGGAGCAGGGAGGAGAAGGAGAGGGCGGCUACUAGUCAUUCCAGGGACCUCUUCUCCCCAGCCUUCCGUUUGUUCGCUCGCUCCCCUCGCCCUGCUGUUCCAGACUUCCAGAUGUUCUACUUUAUGGAACCAAAACCGAUACAGACUCUUCCAGAUUCCCCCUUUGCCCCCCCUGAUACCCUCUGUUUCCCCUAACAGCCCCGUUCUGGCCCCCCUCUCCUGUAUAGCUCCCCGCCUUUGUGUCGUUGUCGUCAUGUUGUUCGCCCUAGUGUUAUGUUCUUCCUAUCGCCACCCAGUACUCUAUCAAGAGGCCUGCGCACACACACACACACACAGCAACAAUAUAUACACACACACACACACACACACACACACACACACACACACACACACACACACACACACAGGGUGGAUGAGAGCUGUGAUGAUUAUUCAGGAUUACAGAACCACAGAGAGAUUUAUCGUAGUUUGGAUGCUUGUGUGUGUGUGUGUCUGUUAGACGUGUCAAGUAGUAGGCCAGUUCAGGGGUGUUCUGUCCAUGAGAUGCUGCUGUAGGGACAUGUGCAAUGAAUUAGAGAGAGUGUGUGUGUUAGUGUGUUUGGUCACACAUGUAACAGGGUCAUAUUAAAACCGAUUAACUAGCCGGCUUAUAUUGUUGCACUUGUUAAGUCUAGGGGUCUUAGGCCUAGUUUACUGGUCUGUGACCUGAUUUGAUGUGUGAAUCAAUAUGAGAAGGAAGCGUAUGUGACCAGGUGUUGAAUGUACGUGCGCCCAGGAGACAGGCACCUUACCUUAAGUCCAGGGCCAGCUCCUUCUUGCCCAGCCAGUCCAAGUGGAUUAUUACUUGUUCAGAUGGUGAAACAUAAAUAUGUACAAAAACAAAACAAGAAAAAGGCAUCCCCAAAUAAAGUUAACUAACACAAAGAAACAAACAACUAUAGAGGUUAACUAACACAAAGAAACAAACAACUAGAGCACAGGUGUCAAACUCAUUCCACGGGGGGCCGAGUGUCUGCGGGUUUUCGCUCCUCCCUUGUACUUGAUUGAUGAAUUAACAUCACUAAUUAGUUAGGAACUCCCCACACCUGGUUGUCUAGGGCUUUAUUGAAAGAAACCAAAAACCUGCAGACACUAGGCCCUCCGUGGAAUGAGUUUGACACCUCUGAACUAGAGGUUAACUAACACAAAGAAACAAACAACUAGAGGUUAACUAACACAAAGAAACAAACAACUAUAGAGGUUAACUAACACAAAGAAACAAACAACUAUAGAGGUUAACUAACACAAAGAAACAAACAAAAGGCUGGCAGAGAGGCUUCUGGCCUACUCUCUUUCUCCCAGACAGCCGAUCACCCCAAUUGGCUGUACCUGAUGUUCUUUUCAAGGCUUAGCUCAGCACCUAGACCUGCCAGCUGUCGCCUGGGGGUGGAGUGUGGGUGUAACCUAGAUAGUGUGUUGCCUAACUGUGUGUUAACACUACACUACCCGGCAUAUCAAAACAAUAUGUCUUGAGACACGCCAGAAAGCAAUACACAUGUACUGUUUGUGUGUGUGAGAGGAAGAACGCUCCUGCCACCACUCGGAAUCACAUAACAGCAGAAGAUAUCAAUAUACGCAAUACACUACAGUGGUUUUGGUCUAGCCUGGGUUUAGUCUGGCUCUAGAUAUGGCCUGGGUCGACUGGCAGAGUUGAAAGGGAGGAAAGCAGAAAGUGAUUCAGAAUGAUGAUUACUUGUGAAAAUAUGUUGUUGUCAUAGUAAUACCAAGCAAUAGUCAGACAGACAGGUAGAAUAGAGGAGCAUCACACAUAGGGAAUGCUGGGAAAUUUAUAUUCAAAAUCGAUUUUUGAUUCCCACAAAAAAUAGUACAUUUUCUACUGUCAUUGGUCAACUGCUCCUGUUGUCAACCAUCUCAGCCACUCAGAGGCUUCCUCUGCCCUGUCACUCAGUGUGUCCCGCCCUUCCCUGUGUCAGCAAGUAAUGUUAGAGACUAAAACAGGUGCAGGUACAAAAAACAGGUCUGCCCUGUGCAGGUACAAAGUGUGUGUCUGUGUGUGCGUGUGUGUCUGUUACAUAUAAAGCAGGUCAGUCCAGCAUCAGUGUCUGUAUUAUAGAGCAGGUAUGUGUGUAUUAUUACUUUGAGGUCAAUGGAAACUGAUUACUGCAUGUUGCCUUAUCCAGCACUCUUACAUUCACACACGUACCCGCAAAACCCCACAAUCCAUACACACAGUACACUCAUCAAGCACACAAAAAUAAUACACAAACACACUCACACCUUGUUUAAGUUGGUAUCGAAGCAGACUUGCUGAUUUUAUAAACAGUACCAGUGAAUUAAAGACAGUUUUGUUGAAAUCCAAA